GCAUUCAUUCAAUGCAUUCAUUCAUUCAUUUUGUGAUAAAACGCUGAAAACACGUGACGUUUGAGUGAAUCGAUGGCUAAACAGACGAAACCAAAGACACCGAAACUCUUGUCUCUGAGAGACUCGCGGCUCCAGAACUCGAAGAAUGACCGCAAGAGUGACCACAAGAAUGACCACAAGAAGGCGAAGACGAGUAAAGGGAAGAAGACUGUGGGAGUGGAGGAGCGAGUGGUGGCCCAGUCGUCGACCGCUAUGUUCUUCAACUACAACCAGUCGUUGGGUCCGCCGUUUCGGGUGAUCUGUGACACGAAUUUCAUCAACUUUGCGAUCAAGAAUAAGCUGGACGUCACCCAAUCCAUGACCGACUGUCUGCUCUCCAAAUGCAUACCUUUGGUCACCGAUUGCAUUGUCGCCGAACUCCAGAAGUUGGGCGCAAAGUAUAGACUGGCGUUACGUAUAGUGAAGGAACAGAUGGAAAGACUUCCGUGCAGUCAUUCGGGCACUUAUGCCGACGACUGUCUCGUCCAACGCGUCACUCAACACAAGUGUUAUAUCAUCGGAACCGCCGAUCGGGCGCUCAAACGCCGCAUCAGAAAAAUACCCGGAAUUCCCAUAAUGUAUAUCAAAGACAGACAAUUCUUUGUCGAACGAAUGCCUGACGCCUAUGGCAUCAGAUCCUAAUGACCAUCGAAGCAGACAAUCCAUGGUUUCACACGCAAACCAUUUACUCUCAUUUUGAAUUAAGUCUGUAUUUUAAAUAAUGUAUAAAAUAAAUGAAAUUUCUAUUUAUUUAAUAUUAUAAUA